UAUUCGAAGUGUCCUUAAUAUGAUUGGUGCUCGGACUACGCGGCAAGCCUCGGCGAUCGCUGUCAAGCCGCGAUUAUCUCGCAGCGUGAGGCAUCCGUGUUACACGCUAAAGCGUCCGUUCGUCUUUCAGGUGCGCAAGUCCCUAGUGGAGUAUGUUGACGAGGAUCUGCUGGAAAUGAACACGUCGGUGUUCUAUCAGCGCAUCUACAUAUUGGCCAAGAAUGUGGAGCAGAAGCGCGAAAGUGAGCUGCAACCAGCAGAGGUCACGGCCGGCUUAGCUCAAUCAAAUGUGGACGUAGAUGCAGCGCUCACAGCUGAGGGCAUGGCGGAUGAGGAUCAACACUACUCGGAGGUGGCCACGCCUGAAGUGCCGGAGACGGCCCAGACGCCUCAUGCCUCUGGCGUUGGGGCUCACCUGUCAGUUAAGAUUAAAGAUUUUGUCGAAACUGAAGCUGAAACCCUAACCCACACGUUUCGGUUCGAUAAGGAAGAAGUUGAGGGAGAUGCUGUAGAAGACGAAGAGCAGGCUGAACCUGAACCAGAAAUAGUGGAACAGCCCAAGGACGUUUUCAACUAUUUUACCGAAAUGCUACAGGAGCUUCACGCAAAAUGUCGCGAAUUGAUCUACUCACACGAUCCCCUGUGUGGACUGGUUCUCUAUAUGAAUGACUACACCAUGAUGAUGCUGGAAAGCUGCGAGGAUAUGAUAGGCAUCUUCUGCGCGAAGCUCUUGGAACGUAUUCCUGAAUACUGGCAAAAUCAUCGAGUCUUUCACAUUGAAGAUCACAUCAAAGAGCUCUACACUAGGCAGCUUGUGUUUAGGCGCAUACCAGCUGCCUUUCUCAAUGAAAAGUUUCCACCUUCGACGCCCACGGACGAGUAUUUAAUGGGCAAACAGCAUUUGAUCAUCAAGGAAAAGUUAUUCACCAUAUGCUCGCUGAUCAGCGAGAGUAUGAAUCCACCCAAAUUAUCGAAGUCCCAGCAGGACGCAUCUCUCAAAACAGAGGGCACUGAGAUUGACGAAGUGGAGGGUGAAAGCGAAGAAGAAACGGUGCAACAAAUAAGCCAGCCGCUCAGUCAAAUGCAGCGCCUAACUGUUGCCAUCUCAGAGACGUUGCCAACGGAUAUCUUUCGAAAAUGGUUGCCGGAAAUACAGCGCAUCGAGCUAGUAUUGGCCUCGACACGGUUCUACUAUACGCUGGAGGAGUUCUGUGGCCUCUAUGGCCAGGUGCCGUAUAGACCGGAUGAUGACGGUGCCUUCUGGCCCAUACAGAACAACUUUACACCGGCAAACAUCUACAGGCGUUCGCCGUUUGACAUUAACCUGACCUUUGCGGAGUAUGCGGCCGAAAUGAAUCGUCGCCUGCAGGAGGAGCAGGAGAAGCACAAGGCUGAGCUAGAGGCAGCCGCUGAAGCUGAGGCAAAUGCUGCGGCACAGACGCAGUCACAGGAUAAGCCACAGAAACCAAAAGAGGAGGAGGAGCCAGAGGAAUAA